GUCUGCAGGCGACCAAGAGCGGGAUACCGGUGAUUCAGUUUGAGCUCCCGACCUGAAACUGGGACCGGGGCUCGGCGGGGAUUUGACGGGAGCCUUCCCUGCUUCCGUGGGGUGGUUUUUUUCUCCGGUGUGCGUGUCUUGUUCGAACACCGAGAUUGACGCGGAACAGAAGCGGCUCUCUCCCGUAAUGAGGGGAGGGAGAAGAGGAAGGCCGCCCAAAUUGGCAGCAGCGGUGCGGGAAGGCUCACCCGGGACAGUCCGCGGCUCUCGAGGCGGCAGGAGUAGGGGGAUGCGUGGUCGGGGAAGGGGCAGAGGACGGGGCCGGGGAAGAGGAGGAAGUACGGACGGCUGCGGCACUGGUUUUGUGGAGGUGGAUACAGAAAUAACCGGCCGGGAGAACUUUAAUUCGUCCAGGGCCCGCAGGAAAGUUGGAGCCUCCGUCGCGGCUGCAGCAGCAUCGCGGGGCAGAGGAGGCAGAGGGAGAGGCAGGGGGUCUAGAGGCGGCCGCGGCGCCAGAGGCGGACUGAAGCGGCCUCAGACCAAAGUGGUCUACGAUGACAACAGCGACGAGGACGAUGAUAAUUUAAGCUACAGGUCAGACGACGACGAACUCCUGAACGACAACCCUUCGACGGAUCUGGAAGACGAGGAGGCCUUGGGAAACGACUCCGACGAUCUGGAGGAACUGCCAGGAGAUGAGGAUGAUGAUGAUGCUAGCUACUGCACCGAGAGCAGCUUUAGGAGCCACAGCACUGCGGGGAGCACGCCAGGCCAGCGAAGGAUUCAGACAACACGCCCCGAGUCUCCAAUCUUUGAAGCAAAGGACAUUCCUCCAUUGGAGCUCCCCAAGUCUUCUGAAGAUCUCCUGGUUCCUACCUCACAGCUCCUCAAUGUAUCUGCCAUUUAUGAGGUCCUCCGUAACUUCAGCUCAGUGCUGCGGCUCUCACCGUUCCGCUUUGAAGAUUUCUGUGCAGCAUUGUCCAGCCAGGAACAGUGCACAUUGUUGGCUGAGACGCACAUCUCCCUGCUCAAAGCCAUUCUCAGGGAGGAGGAUACUUCCAAUACAACAUUUGGUCCAGCUGACAUUAAAGACUCAGUUAACUCUACUUUGUAUUUUGUGGAUGGUAUGACUUGGCCAGAGGUGGUGUGGGUUUACUGUGAGAGUGAUCCAGAGUACCGUCAUAUCCUACCAUACCAGGAGGGUGAGGAAUACCCAUAUGAACCCUUGGAAAGUAAAAUUAAAGUUCUCCAGUUUCUCGUGGACCAGUUCCUGGCAACUAACAUCGCACGGGAAGAGCUUAUGUCAGAAGGUGUUGUCGCAUAUGAUGACCACUGCAGGGUGUGCCAUCGUCUUGGUGAUCUGCUGUGCUGUGAAACAUGUUCAGCUGUUUAUCACUUGGAAUGUGUGAAGCCGCCAUUGCAGGAAGUGCCAGAGGAUGAGUGGCAGUGUGAAGUGUGUGUUGCACACAAGGUACCUGGUGUGGUGGACUCCAUUUCUGCAAUUCAAAAAAGCAGACCAUUUCUUCGUCAGCUGCCAGUUGCCUGUGACCGGCAUCAUCGCAAAUACUGGUUCCUCAACCGGCGCAUUGUAGUUGAAGAGGAUGGUGAGCAGGAGGAGAAAGCCAUCUGGUACUACAGCACAAAGAUCCAGCUGGCUGAGCUGAUAGCGUGCCUGGAUAAGGGGUACUGGGAGACCGAUCUGUUUGCAGCAAUUGAUGAGAUAAGAGAGGAGGUGCACACACAUAUGGAUAUCACUGAGGACCUAACCAACAAGGCACGUGGAAGCAACAAAUGUUUCCUAACUGCUGCCAAUGAGGAGAUCCUGGAGCGGUUGCGUGCUAAGAAGGAAGAAGAAUUGGAGGAGGUGAAACGACGGGCUGCAGAGGAGGCCCAGAAGGCACGGUUGGAGAAAGAGAAAAAGGAGAACGAUGUUGAGAAGGGAGAUGUCGAGGUCAUUGCAAAGGAGGAUGACCUUCAAGACACCAAGGUCAAAGAUCUGAAAAGAGAAGAAGAGAACUUAAAAGAGGAUACAAGGGAAGGGUUUAUAACACCCAGUGAGGAGAAAAGAGAGGCCAUCAAAACUGCAGUCAUGGAAGCACCGCCCACGAAUCACGAGGGCAGUAGUGUGUCGGAGGGACAUGUGCUUCCAGCAGCCUCUGUGCCACCACAAACGGUUCCCAACACUGUGAGCUCUGGCUGUUCCACUGAUGCUCUAAAGCUUCCAGCCUUGACUGGAGAGGCUAAGAAAGAGGGAUGUUUCCACACGGACAUCUGUCACAGCACAGAAGCAGAAAGCCCAUCAUCACAUUCCGUCCCUGUCAAUGGAGAUGGAAUCCCCAGCUUCAGCCAGCCAUCCCACCACAGUGAGGAGAACAGUAACAGCAGCACAGGAACUGGCAUCCCUCUCAAGGGCCCUGAACCUCCAGACCUGGCAGACAAGUCCUCUCAGUCAUCCUUAGCCAGCCUUGAUGACACAGGAGACAGUAAAGACUCAAACAACAGUGAAACAGCAGGUCCUGGCAAUAAGAAGUCUUCUGCGACUCGCAUGGUGACCCGGCUAAGGAACCCAGACAGCAAGCUGAGUCAACUAAAGAGCCAGCAAGUGGCUGCCGCUGUUCAUGAAGCCAAUAAGGGCUUCAAGGAGGGCAGAGAGGUAUUGGUAGUAAACGCACAAGGUGACAUCACACGAGUCAGCACCCGCAGCAGCAAAGAGGUUGUUAUGAAGGGAACACUCAGCCACUUCUUUAAAUUGGGCCAGGAGGGGAAGUACCGUGUCUACCAUAACCAGUACAGUUCCAAUGCCCUCUCACUCAACAAACACCAACACAGAGAGGACCAUGAUAAGAGGCGGCAUUUAUCUCACAAGUUCUGCAUGACCCCAGCUGGAGAGUUCAAGUGGAAUGGAUCUAUUUAUGGUUCUAAACUCCUGACCAUCUCCACACUGCGGCUUACCAUCAUCCAACUGGAGAACAAUAUUCCAACACCGUUCAUGCACCCUAACUGGUCCUCACAUAGGAACAAUUGGAUCAAGGCAGUUCAUAUAUGCAAUAUGGCAAGGGAGUUUGCACUGGCUGUGGCCAUCCUAGAGUGUGCCAUCAAACCUGUAGCUUUCCUGCCUGUUUGGAAGGACUCACUUGGUCACACGAGGCUAAACCGCAUGACAUCCAUGGAGCGUGAGGAAAAAGAGAAGGUGAAAAAGAGGGAAAAGAAGUUGGAGGAUGAGGAGACGAUGCAACAGGCCACCUGGGUCAAAUACACAUUUCCGAUUAAACACCAGGUGUGGAAACAGAAAGGAGAGGAGUAUCGUGUUACAGGCUAUGGGGGCUGGAGUUGGAUCAGCAAAACUUAUGUGCAGCGGUUUGUCCCCAGGCUUCCCGGCAACACCAAUGCCAAUUACCACAAAGAGUUGGAAGAUGUUAAACUUGGGAAGAAAUGCACCCUGCUGGACUUGAGUCGGCGACCGAGCAUCACAAUGCCACUGGCUGAGGAAGCUGCUGCCUUUAAGAGUGAAGAAAAACAUCAAGACUUAUCUACCAACAGCCAGGCGGCUACAGACCAUGAGCUGUCUGUUGACAACUUGGAGUCUGAUGUGGGGAAGAAGGUGAAAAACAAAGAAGAAAUGGAUGAGAACACCAAAAUUCAGGAGUGUUUAACAGAUGAAUCUGCCACAAAGAUGGAGGUUGACCCCCCACAAGAAGAUGAAGAGCCAAGUGUGACAGACUGGUCUGUCACGUGGGAGGAUAAAGAUUCCUUGAAGGAAGAGCCUUCUGAGGACCCUCAGCGGCCCUUUAACUACGAUGUCGUGGAUGUCAGCAAGGGAUUCCUCACCCGUGUUGCCUACAAGAAAAAGGUUAAAUCCUCGAAACUGGACAGCCUGCUGGAGCGCAGAAUGAAACAAUAUAUUAUGGAGCAAAGGCAGCCGGUAUCCACCAACCAGUCCUCAACAACUUCACCAGCUUCAACUGCCCAUCCCAGCAACACAAUCAGACCAAAUUCACCACUCAAGCCCCAAGCUGUAGCACAGACACAGCUCACCCUGAGUGAAGCUGUAAAGGUAGAGGAAAAUUCUUGUAUGGUGCAGGAACUUGGGCCAGGAGCUGUCGAAGAGGACACUCAAGCUGAACUCUCCAAAACGACAGAUGCCACUCCUCUUCCAUCUCCUGUUCUAUACUCCACACCAAAAGACAUGUGCAGUACAGAUGGAGAUUCAGGUUCAAUGCAAAACCAAUCCACAUCCACAGCCCAGGUAUUGGAGGUAGAUGUACCAGAAAGGACUACAGGCUGCACAGGAGUUCAUUCAGGGAGUUCAGAUGAAGAGAUUGUCAAGCCUCCUGUUGUACAGGAAUCAGCAACACAGAGACUUCGUAACUCUUUAGCACAACAAACAAAUUUACCAUUGGACAUUGCCAAGGCUGCACUUAGUGAGAAUGCACGGUCUGAAUUGGCAGUUUUGAAUGUGGACUCUGUAAGGACACCUAAAAGCACAUUUGACCAAAAAUGUGGUAAAAACACAUUUCUUUCGAAACCUUCUCAGCAAAGCUCAGCAAGCUUAAUGCAUUUUGGCAGAGAGGAAAACGGGAUGGAACUGGAGGACAGUCAAGAAAAUAUGCAAAACAUUGGACAAGGUAGAACUGACAGCAUUAGAACAACAAAGUCAGUUCAUUCUGCCCCUCAGGUAAAUGGUAACAAUGUCUUAAAUAGCGAUAGCUUGUUAAGCAACUUUGUAAAGACACAAAAUAAUGGUGAGUUUAUUGACAGCCCUAAGCCUGAGGUGAACAACAUUGGUAAAAUUGACAAAUUUGGCCACAUUGUUUCUGAGGAGGACAUCACUCAUCAAAAAACUUUAAUAAAUGGUGAUUUGGCUCCUGUAAAUAACUCUGUGCCUGGAGGUAAGGAACCAAGCUUAGCUCUUAAGGUAGCUGUGGAGAAUAGCUUAACAAUAUUGGACCAGAAUUACCUGCCCCCGCCGAAGAUAACAAGACUGGAGAACAAUAUAGAAGCACUUGAUGAUGAUAGUAAGAUUACUCAACAGCACAAUAACUCACUGUCACUUCAGUCUGCGGAGAAUAGGCCCACUCCUGUGGUGAAGAUUAUCAGAAUGGCACCCUCACCUGUACCUUCAGUGGAGGAAUCCAGUUUGAGCGACGACUUUGGAGAGGAGAACAGCAACACUCAAGUGACAGAACCACUUAAAACCACCAUUACACAAGUAAUGACAACUGUCACCACCACCACAACAGUUUCCACAGAGAUGACGAUGGCAAAAGUACAGUUGAAAUCAUUUGGAAAAAUGAUAAUUCCUCAGUUGUCAACAACGGAAGGUGCCAUGUCAACACUUGGGACCAUGACCAAAGCAAGUGUGACCAAAAUCUGUUCGUCCACACAGGAUAGUCAGUCAGAAGAUAGCCAGAGUGAAAUACUGACACGAGAACAUAAGACAGCACUUCUCAUCAGUAAAUCAACCACUGAUACUGGUGGCAAAACCUCAGUAUCAUCUGUUGCGUUGAGCCAUGAGGACUCUUUAACAACGAAGGGCCGAGUCCACCUUCUGAAAUUCUGUCGCACUAAGAAGAUACGCUCAGAUACUGCCCUUCCAUCUUACUGCAAGUUUGUCACCAAGAGCAACCGAAAGAGCAUUUUUGUACUGCCGCAUGAGGAUGUAAAGGUGUUGGCAAGGCGAGGUGGAUUCCGUGAGGUUUCUGUAUUUAGCUACAAUGCAAAACCAGCCCUGGAUAUUUGGCCAUAUCCUUCACCCAGGCCGACAUUUGGCAUCACCUGGAGGUAUCGUCUACAGACUGUGAAGUCUCUGGCUGGUGUGAGUCUGAUGCUGAGGCUGCUGUGGGCCUGUCUGAGGUGGGAUGACAUGGCUGUCAAGCCAUCUGCUGCUGUCGGAAAUGCACGAACAGCCCUUUCCCCACUCAUUGCUACAGAAACGUCAGACACUGAAAUCACCACCACGGAGAUCAUCAAGCGCCGUGACGUAGGACCAUAUGGGCUUCGCUCAGAGUACUGCAUCCGCAAGAUCAUCUGUCCACUCGGAGUGCCUGAGACUCCUAAAGAAACACACACCCCUCAGAGGAAGGGACUGCGCUCGAGUGCCUUACGCCCCAAGAAGCCUGAGCCCGCCAAACAGACGGGCCCAGUGGUGAUUGAGACUUGGGUGGCUGAGGAGGAGUUGGACCUGUGGGAGAUCAGAGCUUUCUCAGAAAGGGUAGAGAAAGAGAAAGCUCAAGCAGCUGAGCAGGCCAAGAAACGCCAGGAGCAGAAAAUAGCUUCAGCCCCAGCAACACCAAUAGGAACGCCUGUUACCACGGCUGCCACCACUCCCAAAGUAAUUGUCAAUUCACUGUCAGGACAGGGUGCAGCUACUGCCAAGGUUGUACUGUCCACCAAGAUGGGCACGCCUGUCACUUUCCAGCAGAACAAGAACUUCCAACAGUCCUUUGCCUCCUGGGUCAAGCAGGGUCAGAGCACACACGUUGGCACAGAUGGGACCGUGGGCAAUUCUGGUGGCCAGACCUUCCAGAUUACAGGAACCUCAGUAGGUGGAAAGGUUCUCACCACGAAGCUGCCGCUGCCUGCCAACAGCAAGAUCGUGACACUCAACGUGCCAACUUCUCAAGGAGGUGUGGUUCAGCAAAAAGUUUUGGGCAUUAUUCCAUCCAGUACAGCAGGUGGUGCGCAGAGUUUUGCCCCUUUCCAGCCCCGGUCAACACUCAACAUUAAGGCCAACACUGCAGGCUCCCAGCAGCAGGUUUUGUCAGCUGGUGGUCAGAUCCGUCCAGGGAUGGCAGUGAUUCGAACCCCCAUUCAGCAAACUGGAACCAUGGGAAAAGCAAUCAUCCAAACACCACUUGUGGUCCAACAAGGUCAAGGUGGACAACAAGUAGUGACACAGAUCAUUCGCAGUCAGCCUGUUUCUACUCCAGUGUCUGGAGCCAGUGCUGUCACUACACUUACCAGUCAGGGGACGUCCAGUCCCACAGUGGCAGGACAGCCAGCAGGCCAAGCAAGUCCUGGAAUGACCAGGGCCCAGCAGGGGCAAGGCCAGGUUAAACUCACGCUGGCACAACUCACCCAGCUUGCACAGAAACAGCAAGCAGGAUCAGGUGCAGAUCGGCAGGCCGGGGUUGGCGGUACCCAGCACAGUCUGACAGUGAUGAUUCAAGGCCAGGGUCAGACAACAGGCCAACUUCAGCUCAUACCACCUGGGGUCACUGUCAUCCCAGGACCUAGCCAGCAGCUCAUGCAGGCAGCGCUGCCUAAUGGCCAGAUGCAGCGUUUCCUCUUCACUCCCGUAGCUUCAGCUUCCACACACACGCCAAGCACAGCCACUUCUGUCCCCAGCCAACCGCACGCUGCUUCCACAAAAGCCCCUGCCCAGCAGGCCGCCGCCCCUGUCCAGGCAGGGGCCACAGCCAGCACGCUCCCCUCAGGCAGUCCUCAGGGUCAGUUACCCCCACAGACGCAGGCUCACAUGCCCAUGCAGUCCCCAACUCCCCUGCAGGUAAAAACGCAGGGAGGCAACACCCAGAUGCAUCUGCAGCAGACCUCCCAACUCAUCAGCGUGUCUGGGCUGCAGCAGCAGGUACAGGUCCUGGCCCAGCUGCAGGCCCAACAGGGUGGAGGUUCUCUGCCGCAGCACUUCAAACUGCAGCUUCCAAUCCAGAUACAACAAACAGGGACCACAUCAUCUCAGGGAGGACAGAUUGGAAACGUGGUGACCAUCCAGGCAGCAUCUGUCCAGGAGCAGCUGCAGAGGAUCCAGCAGCUCCGAGAGCAGCAGCAGCAGAAGAGAAGACAAGCUGCAGAGGCCAAGAGAGAACAAGCCCUUACUGCAGCCAGCCAGAGCGACAUCAUCCAGAAACAGGUGGUGAUGAAGCAAAACGCUGUCAUUGAACACCUCAAGCAGAAGAAGACCUUGACGCCUGCCGAGAGAGAAGAGAAUCAGAGAAUGAUUGUGUGCAACCAAGUGAUGAAGUUCAUUCUGGACCGGAUAGACAAGGAUGAGAGGCAGGAAGCCAAGAGGAAGAAGAAGGAAGAGUUGGUGGAGCAGAAGAGGAGGAUGGCCAAUGCCAACAAGCUGUCCGCUCUCCUUUGUCGGCAUAAAGAGAGCCUUAAGAUGGAGAUCCUAAAGAAGAGGGCGCUCCUCGACAAGGAGUUACAGCUGGAGGCUCAGGAGGAAUUAAAGAGGGACCUGUUACGGAUGCGGCGGGAGAAGGAGAGGGCGGCAGCCCAGCAGGCAGCUCAGGCCGCUGCAGCCGCCGCUGCUGCUGCUGCUGCUGCCGCGCGCAUUCAGCAGCAACAAACCCUGGCACACACACAUGGCGUCACUGCUCAGCAUCACCACGCCACCACCCACAAGAGGAAACGAGAGGAGAUGAGGGAGAUUGUGGCAUCAGUCAAGUCCAAGAAGAAGAAAAUGAUCUCAACUACGAGCACCAAGGAGAGCAAGAAAGACACAAAGCUCUACUGCAUCUGUAAAACGCCAUAUGAUGAGACAAAGUUCUAUAUUGGCUGUGACCUGUGUACCAACUGGUAUCACGGCGACUGUGUCGGUAUCACAGAGAAAGAAGCCAAGAAAAUGGAUGACUACAUCUGUGUUGAGUGCAAGCGGGGCCAGGAGGGCAACACAGAAGAACUGUACUGCAUUUGUCAGACACCGUACGACGAGUCCCAGUUUUAUAUCGGUUGUGAUCGAUGUCAGAACUGGUACCAUGGCCGCUGUGUGGGUAUCCUGCAGAGUGAGGCCAAUCACAUCGACGAAUACGUGUGUCCACAGUGCCAGUCUACAGAGGACGCCAUGACGGUCUUCACCCCGCUCACUGACAAAGACUAUGAGGGCUUGCGGAGAAUCUUGCGCUCCUUGCAGGCACAUAAAAUGGCGUGGCCAUUCCUGGAGCCAGUAGAUAUCAAUGAUGCCCCAGAUUACUACAGGGUUAUUAAGGAACCAAUGGACCUUUCCACCAUGGAGGAGAGGUUGCUGAAGCGCGGGUAUGUCAAGCUGACAGAGUUUGUAGCGGACAUGACCAAAGUAUUCGAUAACUGCCGCUACUACAAUCCCAGUGACUCGCCCUUCUACCAGUGUGCCGAGGUUCUUGAGAACUUCUUUGUCCAGAAGCUCAAAGGCUUCAAAGCCAGCAGGUCUCAUAACAACAAACUACAAUCAGCAGCCUCUUAAAUUCCUAAAAACCCAAGUGUCACAAAGACAAGCAUUGCCGUUUCCUAUGAAUGAAUAUGUCAGGCUGCACCUGAACCUGAGCGCACUGUGGAGAUGUGCGCACUGUCCCAGCUGGUAAUUAGUUGCACUAGUCUCAAAGAAGGAAAAAACAAAAAAAAAAAUCUGCAAAAUCCUGACUGGACCGGCACCCAUAGCUAUGCUGAUGGAAGAGAAGAGAGGAGAACCAAAAAGCCCCUUUCACAAAGUGUCAGUGGGAUAAAGUCCUGCCUGCAGACAGAGACUGAGGCCGACUGCGUGUUUUGUUCCCAUUGGUGCACCCCUUCCAGCGGGAGAUCCAGAUCCAGAUGAGAAGCUCUGAUCACGAGGCAGUACGAGACUCUUAAAGAGUUGUCAUUUCUGUAACCGAUCACUAUUUUUGUGUGUCCUGUACAACAAAGUAUUGACUUUGUUCUUUCUUUUCACCCUUUCAUCUUUAAAUCCUUAAAAUACUCCUCUCAUUGAUGCAAGCAUCCCGGGAAAAUGUUCACAAUUCAAAAGGAACUCCUCUGGAAUUGUGGGCAUUGACAACGGGGUCAUUUAAGACCAUUUGUCUCUUUAAAGUCCAACUCUGAAAUCAUUUUUUGCAUCAUUGAUGAACGUUUUCCACGAAUGACUAGAUUUCCAGAUGUGGAGUGGUUCAGUAUUCUGAGCAGUGUUACACCGACAUGGCGGGUUGGGCUGCUGAAAAGAACAUGCUAGCAGCUAGCAUUUCUAGCAUUAGCAAACGGAGUCACAUGUUACAUAUACGUUCAUGCAAACUGUGGCUGAUGAUAACCACUGCUCAAACUGUUGACCGUUUAGACUGCAAGGGAUGCCAUGUUAAUUAAUGAAUAAUUGCGGUUAGCUUUUUCUUUGAUAUCGUCCAUCAGCCAAGCACGCCACCAUCGCAACCAUCUCCGCUAAAAACCGUGGAUAUUUUCCACAUCUGGAAAAACAGUAAUUCCCACAAACCUUUUAUCGUAGGUGCACAAAAAUAAGUCUGAAAUAAUUCUGUUCAGGUAAAUGUAGAAUGUGCAGUAUCACUAAUCUCUGUUUCCAAUUUCAGUUGGUGCACUACUUGAGCUGGUUUUAAAUGUUAUGUGGUCUGCACGAACCAGCCUACUGAUUCUGAACGUGCCUCUCAGUGGUACGUUUUGGUAACAUUCCAUCUGCCUGCUGCAGAAAUGCUCCAUUUGUAACAAACAUGAUGGAUUCAUCAGAACAAUACAGAAAUAAGGGAAACAUCUUUACUGCCAGAGGAAAUCACUCUCUUUUCUUUUUUUUGGCCCUUUUUCUGAUUGCUGAUUUUCUGAAAUGCAGCUAAACACAAGUCUGAUGUACUGUGGAAAGAAACAUCAAAUAAAUAAAACAUGUUUUCAGGCCUUAAUGGAAGGCCAAACUUUGAUUUAACUGCACCGCCUCCUUACGCUGUUGCUUCAAAGCCCCGCGUCUUUUCUUCUGUCUUGAAUCGGAGCCUCCCUGCUCUUAUCGAACGACCGUUUCUUCCAGCAUAUUUCAAGUGGAAGUUGACAGGUUGGCUCACAGAGUGUCUCUCAACUCGCUCUCCAAAGCACAGUUAAGUAAUUGGAUAAUAGACGUUUCCACUCAGCGUCCGCUCAGUUAUGCAGCGGUCUGUGGCAGCAUGUCCAGGACGAAAAUGUCUGAUUGGGGACUGGGGAGUCUUUGUACUGUGGGGUUUCUAUGUACAUUUUAUAGCUGCAUUUUUAACAUGUUUGGGAAUAUUUUUCUAAUCUGAUUCAGUCUCUGUGGAAGCAGGCAGCAGUUAAAUUGUCCGAGUCAAUAUGCUGAUGGCGAAAAUGUCAAAUGAGGUUAAGGUUUCUGUUUGCAUCAUUAUUUCUGAUGAGUUGAGUUGAGCGAUAACGUGAUGUCUGGGUACCCCACCCCCCGCCACACACACACACUUUACUGUGUCUUUCACCUACGUAAAUGGUGAUCUGAAGAUGACGAGCUUCAUUCACUCCUUUUAAACUCUCUUGUGCAUAAUGACUGUCCAAAUAUGUAGAAAUGACAGAAUUUUAGAAGAGUAGAAACUUUUAUUUUUAACUCUGAACCAGCAGCUAAGCCCACCUGUGUAUAUACCAAUAUAUAUAUAUUUUUUAUUUUAUUUUAUUUUUUUCUCAUUAACUGAAGUGAGCUCUGCAUUUUGGUGAAAUUGCCCUUCAUUUGAAAAGUGCUGCAUAUUGUGAGCAUAAAGGUUUUUGAAUGGGACGGAGUGGCACAGCGACUCUAAAGAAGUGUUUCUCUUUUUGUAAGAAACCAACCAGUUCAACAUACCUUCUAUAUUGACAUUUCAUUUCUUGUAUUAUUUAUUCAUAUCAAUGAAAAGGAUUUUUUUUUUUUUUUUGCGUAAUGCUGAUGAAAAUUAACUGCAGAUAAAAGUACUCUAUGUUUUUAACGGAUUGUGGCAACUCUGAAGAGAUUCUCUUUUGUACUUGAUAGGACAUUUCAUCCUACUGUAGAUAAUAAAGUAAUGUUUUUGACACCA